GUUGACUGGGCUAAGAAGCACAGUUAGUUUGUUAGCAUAGAGUCCUAGGCAUAUAGCUACAAAGAGGAGUAAGAUAACACAUUUGAUUAUUAUUUUUUAAAUGCCACAAGGAGCACCAUGGUCUGUGGAGGAUUUACCUGCUCGAAGAAUGCACUCUGUUCUCUCAACGUUGUUUACAUGCUGGUGGGACUGCUGCUUAUUGGUGUAGCAGCAUGGGGUAAGGGCUUUGGCAUCGUCUUCAGCAUCCACAUCAUUGGUGGAGUUAUCGCCGUGGGUUUUUUCCUCCUACUUAUCGCCAUUGUCGGUCUCAUCGGUGCAGUCCACCAUCAUCAAGUCAUGCUCUUCUUUUACAUGGUCAUUUUGUUCAUAGUGUUUCUCUUCCAGUUUGGUGUGUCCUGCUCUUGUUUGGCCAUGAAUCAGGACCAGCAGGAGAAGCUGUUGGACUCCACAUGGGGAAUGAUGAGCAAUAAAACCAUCGAAGCUCUUGAGCUGAAAUUGAACUGCUGUGGACUGUUUAACAACACCCAGAGUCGGUCCAUCUACGAACGCGAUUACGCACUGUGUCAGGCCCCGUGUAAGACGCCACAGGACAAAACCAGCAAGUGCCAGACGUGCGGGGAGAGGAUGCUGCAACACUCCUCAGAGGUGCUGAAAAUUUUGGGAGGCGUAGGGCUUUUCUUCAGCUUCACAGAGAUUUUGGGAGUUUGGCUUGCCAUGCGUUACAGGAACCAGAAGGACCCCAGAGCUAACCCCAGUGCUUUUUUAUAGUCUCCCUCAUGCCCCACAGUGCUGUAGCCUGAGUCAGCAAUUCCACUUUACUUUUGCACACAUUAAAGAAAAAAAUACAAAAAAGGAAAGAAACACACUUAGAAACACUGACAUGUUCAACAUGAGCAGCAGUUGAGCACUAACCUGCCCUGACACGCGCACCUCACCCAAUCCGUCAUCCUACAGCUCCAGUGUCGAGAGACAUAUGGGAGCACAUUUGAAUUGAAUAGAGUCAGAUUUUUUCUUUCUUCCUCUCUCUGCAUAUCCCCACCCCUGCCUCUUAACUAAUAUUAAAAAACAAAAGAGCGCGCUGAGUGCUGAAACUAACCAACGGAAGACUGACGUCUCAUGCAUGACAGGAUGAAGGUGAAAUCACCGACUCGGGUGGUGGUGCCUAUCCUUGAUUUGAGAGAAUUUUUUCCCAGUCUUCUGAGCCAGGUUUCCACUCAGUGUUUGGGCUGUGUUUGAAAGGCAAUGAAAAAGCCAGGAUGUAAAAGGGCCUUGGUGUUUGCAUGUUUAUAGGCCUGUGUAGAGCUACCCUCCGUUCCCUGUGAUGUGGUCUAUACAAGUUACGUAAUCCAGAAACAAGACAGUGCUGUGCGGCAGUCAAGUAGUCUCAAGGUAGCGCUUUAGUUUUAACCUUAUUCAAGUGAGUUACUGCACAAAAUAGUGAGUAAUCAGUAUCAGUAAGAACAUGUAGUUUAUGGAUUAAUGUUACUGUUUUCGACAAUGAAAUAAUCUAGUUAAAACUUUUCUUUGUUUUGUGAUUAUGAUCUGUAUACAUUUCCACCAACACCUGCCUAAUUCACAUGUUGUGCGCUAUGCGUUUGAAAUUUUUCUCAUUAGGUGAUUUUUUUUAGCAUAGAAAUUAGGUUUUUAGUGAGAAUAUUUAAAAUUUGUGUAACUGAGCCAUAUAAAUGAUUUUAAAAAUCCCUUUGCCAUGGACUGCAGCCCUUGUGUUGUACAUUGUGUCUUCGGUGAUGGGGUGGAUGUGUUUUCACAUACAUGUAACCUUGCCAAUGUUUAUUUAAACCACAAAAGCCUGACCUUUACUGUCACUCUCUCCUUACACUGGCUCUCUGUGUAUGUAGGAUCAUAGUUUAGUUUGUAUGUUGUGCAGAUGCUGCAUCUUUAAGUUUGUUUUAGAUUUCUUUUUUCCUCUCUCUCUCUCUCUCUCUCUCUGUUGUUAAGGUCAGAUUUUGGUGUUUGAGUGACAGACUGUCUCACAGGUUUGACUUGUGGGUGGAAUAUGUGUUGCUGUAUGGUCAACAACUCACAGACUCAGUUUUGGAAGGGUCAAGUUGUGUGUCCAUCAGAGUUAGUCAAUGAGAUUGACUGUAGUUAUUUUCUAAUGAAUAGGCUGUUGAAAACUUAGAUUUGUUUUUUUUUCAGGGUGUAGAUGCUUUUUAACACAAGCAGUUCCCUUUAACACCUAAAACAUACCAUUUUUCUUUUCAUCUCUUUUGUGCCGACAAACUUGAACAGUCUACAUUGCACUGUUUUUUUUUUAAUUUUAUUUUAUUUUUUAAAAGCCUUUUUUUCCUUUUUUUCUCCAAACAGUGUUUAGCUUUCCUUCUGCUCAUGUAAAUGCCAAUAAUUAUGCUAAGUUAUUUUUUAAUGUUGAUUUGUGUUUGGUCAUUGUCAGUUUGUCAUUCUACCUUUUAACGUGUCUUAUGUUACUUAUUGGAGAAAAGUGAGGAGGUCACUCGACCGGUUCAGUCUUAAAUCCUCUCAACCUAUGAAUACUUCUCCCAGAUAACACAGAUGGAUGAUGGAACCUGUCAGUCACUUUUGUGUUUGUAACUGUUACUCUUUGUCCAGCAGGGAAUGCUCAAAUGACACCUUGACUAUCAGAGAGCAUUAAUUUGCGAUUAAUUUAACACAGGUACUCCUAGUGUAACUCUUGCUUGAACAGUACAUUUUGAGGGUUGUCCCUGCCAUGCCAAUAUCCAUUUAAAAGUGUAUUUAAUAUCAAUUUUCCGUCAGCUGUAGAUCGUAAUACCUUACUUUGAACUCUGUGUGUUCCUCUUUCACUGGACUUAACUUGUAUUUCUGAGAGUGGUUUUCCAAUUAAAACUUCUCAGUUUACA